AUGCAGCGGAUGAGGCAGGGGAAGAGCAACUCCAUGAAUCGGUCGGAGCGGUCGAUGUCCAGUCCCUCAAGGGGCGACAGCACACCGAGGAAGCCGACCAUGGUUGUGUCCGACUUCAUUCGCAUGCAGCAACCGACAGUCACCAGUGAAGAGAACACUUUCCAGUACAAGCUGAAGGACAAAAUCCGAAAGAUGGUGACGGGUCGGAUCGUGUCGAAUUUCAUGGCUGGAGUCGUUCUCUUCGAUGCGUAUUGCACCUGCACCGACGUAGAUGCUCGAGCUGCUACGCCACCCCAGGAAACUCCACAGUGGAUGCUAAUCAUAUCAGAUUGUUGCUUAGCAUUGUACACCAUCGAGUUGGGGCUCCUUCUGUAUGUGCAAGGAAGCAAGCUUCUGCGUGACUGGAUGGUCAUACUGGACAUUGUGAUCAUCUUCUGCGGGUAUGCGGAGUUGCUUCUGAAUCUCUUCGCCCCUGGCGAUCUCAUUGCGAGCUUUAGCAUGCUUCGAGUCUUGCGCUUGGCGCGAAUUAUUCGCCUGAUGCGGCUGCUUCGGAGGACUCGCGCCUUGCGCGAGCUCCAAAAGCUCGUGACGAUGAUGGCGACGUGCUUGAAGGCCCUUGGUUGGUCUUUCAUCUUCUGCUUUGUGAUCAUGACCAUCUGGGCCAUGCUCUUGGUGGAAAUAGUCCACCCGAUCAUGAAGGAGAUGAGGCUGGCCGACGUGGCCUUCCAGGAUUGCGCUAGGUGCCUGAAAGCGACCUCCUCCGUCAUGGACUCGAACCUGCUUCUCUUUCAGACGGUCAUCGCAGGGGACAGUUGGGGCGACAUUGCUGUGCCCGUGAUCGAGUUCUCUCCGGGAACGGCAAUUAUCUUCGUAGGAUCUUUGUUGACACUGGUCUUUGGCGUGCUGAACUUGAUUGUAGCCGUUGUCGUGGACACCUUCGCAGAAGUCCGACAACGAGAUGUGUUGAAUCUAGCGGAAGAGAUGGAGCAUGAGAUCGAAAGUGACAAGAAGUUCUUGCAAAAGAUCUUCGAGCGAAUCGACACGGAUGGAAGCGGACGUGUCACUCUGGAGGAACUGGUGGAGGGCGCGCGGAAGGACCCACAGUUCCAGAGCAGGCUCCGAGUUAUGGACAUCGACGAGGCAGACUUGCAACAGCUGUUCGAGAUGAUCGACAUCAACUCCGAAGGAGAGAUAGAUGCUGCUGAAUUCAUCGCUCCCCUCAGCCGUUGGGUCCACGAGUCAACUACGGCGCCGCGAUUCAUCAAGUACAACAUGUUGCGGACAAUUCAGAUGCAGGAGGAACUCCAGGAGGCGACGCUAACCCAGUUCGACCACUUGGGCUACAGGAUUGACCAGAUCGCAAAUGUCUUGCACCAUUUCGGAAAAGAAUACGCACCGAGGGAGCAAGCCGGGCCAGCUUCGUCAUCGUUGAAGCUGCAGCCAACCGCACAACCAAGGACCCUCGGAAAGGAUCCGUUUCCAGCAGACGAGCCUGCAGUUGAUCCGGAAGUGGAUGUCCCUCGUUAUCCAACCAAAGACUCCCGGUCCAUGACACAGGAGAGCUGGCAGAUGGGUGAGGUGCGCUGGAUGGCCGUUCGGCUGUUGGGAUUUGAGGACCUCUUCAUUUUCAGGGAGCUGCAAAGGAAAUCAAUGGUUGUUGUGGAGAGCGCCGUCAAGGACUGUUGGCUGGAAGCUUACCGACCUGAGACAGACAAAAGCGUAAGGGGAGAGCGGACCUCGAUAGCAAUGCGCAGUGUGAGCUCUACCGCAAGCGCCAAGCACAAAUUCUCACGCGGUUACUCUCAAGAGUCCAUGGUCAAGAGCAUGAGCUCCACCAAGAGCGCGCACCGGCCUCGUGCACCAAUCGGUGGCUUCGCUCCGCCUUCCUCCGGCCCUCCGAUGCAGCGGAUCUAUUCGGAGAAAGCCGAGGAGCGUGUCCACAAGCACUACAGCCUGCAAUUCACUUCCGAGGCUGAUGAAAGAUAUUACGAGCCUUCCGACGUGGGAGACGCAUCGCGACAACUAAAUGCCUUCGCAGAGGAGGAGUCCCCAAAGAAGGAGCCGGCUCCGCGUCCGUCCAUGGUGAAGCCAUGUGGCGAUAUGGAGAUCUGA